AUGAAUCGCAAAGAUCUCUUCAGCGCAUUUUUUUGGCGAGAAUCUCCUCAUGGUCAAUUAAAGGUAUUUGAACUUUCAACGCUUACAUAUGGCACGGCAUCGGCCUCAUUUUUGGCUAUUAGAACAGUGCGUAGGCUUGCAGAAGAUGAAGCGGACUCAUUCCCCGUCGGCUCAGAAAUAGUCUUACGUGACUUCUACGUCGAUGACUUACUCACCGGUGCAUCUACGUUACAGGAAGCUUUGGAAAUAAAUGAACAAGCGAAUGCAUUACUUAGCAAGGAAGGUUUCGAAUUACGCAAGUGGUCAUCGAAUCAUCCUUCCCUUCGGGAUGCAGAAGGUCCUCAUAGCAAAGAAUUUAACUUAACAGAAAAUCGUAUCAACGAGACCAAGGCUCUCGGCAUAUCCUGGAAUUGCGAAGCAGACAUCUUCAGAUUUGAUAAUUUAGGACUUCAUCCUUCAUUACAGAGACUCACUAAACGUGUGGUACUCUCGAGAAUAGCAUUAAUUUUUGAUCCAUUAGGCUGGUUGUGGCCGUCUAUUGUAAUCGCAUGUAUAUUGAUGCAAGAGAUUUGGCGUAGUAAAGUCAAUUGGGACGAAUCUUUACCCAAUGAAUUGCAUACACGAUGGAAGCACUAUGAAUCCAAAUUACAAAUCCUCAGCAGUAUCGAGGUGCCACGCAAGGUAAUUGCGUUCAGUGAUGUUCGACGCAUAGAAAUUCAUGGUUUCUCUGAUGCAAGUCAGCAUGCAUAUGGAGCAUGUGUUUACAUUAGAACCACAUCGAAUGAAAGACAUAUUCGAAGUCAUUUACUGUGCUCCAAGUCUCGUGUAGCCCCCUUAAAAACUUUAUCAAUCCCUCGGUUGGAACUCUGCGGCGCAUUAAUGCUAGCUCAAUUAGUAGAGAAGGUCUUGAAAUCUUUACCUUUUGCACCAGAUUCCAUUUAUUAUUGGACUGAUUCGUAUAUUGUAUUAUGUUGGUUGCGAUCUUGCAGUCGCCAAUGGACACCAUUCGUUGCAAACCGUAUUGCAGAAAUUCAACGAUUUACAAGCGUAAAGAACUGGCGACAUGUUCCCGGUUCACAAAACCCGGCAUAUUCCCUCUCCAGAGGUGUCAUGCCUGACUUGUUGCAUAAGCUAAAAAUUUGGUGGAAUGGACCUCCUUGGUUGUCGUUGGAUGAGCAUGAAUGGCCUAUCAGAGAUUUCGAUGUUCCAGACGUGGAACUUCCUGAAUUAAGAAGUGUAACAUUAGCAGCCGAGGUAAAGGCUGAAAGAUGGGAUCUGUUUGAACAAUUUUCCAAGCUGCAUCGAUUAAUCCGCGUGACCGCGUUUUGUCUUAGAUUCAUACAGAACUGUAAGAUUAAGAAAGCAAGCAGAUCUCGUGUGGACAAUAUUGAAUCUGUACAAUCGUUGUCAGUCAACAAGUUAGAGGAAGCGAAAAAUGUCUCGUAA